AUGAAGACAAUCAGCUUUGCAACCGCGCUACUGGCGGUCGUCUCUGCCCACAGGCUCGGUGACAAUAAUUACUUCUGGCGCGAGGCGGCUGGUCCUCAGGCGCCUGCACGCGAAAUCGAUGCCAAAGCAGCUGUGUUUCCGUUCCUUACUAGGCUCCGGGACAGCGCGGUAGAAUUGCUCUUCGGCCGACAUCCCACCAAAGACUCUGCCAUGCCUAAAGUCAGCAUCGACAGCUUGCGCAACAAAUACGCCAACCAAAUCGUCAUGCGAUUCAACAUUACGAAUAUCGAAGAGGAGAAGGCGCUCGCCGAAGCGUCCAGUCGCCUCUUCCUCGACGUCUGGGCCGUCACUCGCGAUUAUGUCGAUAUUCGCAUGCCUACCAGUCAGGUCUCGCCACUCCUUGGCCUACUUCCAAAGAAGCUACAAUCUUCGCAUUUUGCAUUGAUAUCCGACCUCUCUAGGGCGAUAUACGAUUCUCUUGCUAAGGACUCGCCAUCCCGUCUUAUAGGGCCCAAGGGCACAUUUGAGCGAUUCCCAAGCCGUCUUACAGUGUCUGAUAGUCUCUUCUUCCAAAGAUAUCACCCUUUGAAGACAAUAAUGCAGUGGAUGCAGCUUUUGGAAUCCAUUUUCCCAGAGCACGUUAAAUACAUGUCCAUUGGACAGUCCUCUGAAGGACGUGACAUCCCUGCCCUCCGAGUCGGCCACCCCGGCACUGAUGCUGGUAAUGGCCCAAGAAAGACCAUGGUAAUAACCGCUGGUCUCCACGCACGCGAAUGGAUUUCGACUACAACAGCUAAUUAUGUGGCAUGGGCACUGAUCACGGAGUUCAACAAAGAUCCCGUAAUCACCAAGUUUUUGCACCACUUUGAUGUUGUUAUAAUUCCCGCGUUGAAUCCUGACGGUAUGGAAUACUCAUGGCAAAACGAUAGACUGUGGCGCAAAUCUAGGCAGGAAACCAGCCUCCAGAUGUGCAAAGGGUACGACCUCGAUCGAUCAUUUGGCUUCAGCGAAUCUUCCGAGCACAGGCAGAGCGACCCUUGCUCCGAAGACUACGGCGGCGAGGAGCCCUUUGAGGCCGCCGAAGCUGCAGCCUUUGCAAAUUGGGCUCACGAGCAGACGGAGAAGAACAAUGUGCAGUUUGUCGGGAUGAUUGAUUAUCAUUCUUACUCACAGCAGGUUCUUUUCCCGUAUGCAUAUUCCUGUGCUGCUGAGCCUCCGAACCUAGAGAAUUUGGAGGAGCUGGCAGCUGGUAUCGCAAAGACAAUACGCGUGUCUACUGGAGAGUCAUAUAGUGUUUCGCCAGCGUGCGAUGCUGCUUUGAUGGCGGACAGGAGAAACCUCACACUAUCACCCAGCAGACUCAACGAAGGUUCUGGCUCUGUGAUGGACUGGUUCUAUCACGAUAUGAACGCUCACUUUAGUUAUCAGAUCAAGCUGCGUGACCAUGGUUUGUAUGGAUUUCUACUCCCAGAUGAGGAGAUUAUUCCGACGGGUCGGGAGAUGUUUUUCGUCAUGAAGUACGUCGCCGAUUAUUUGCUGGGCAAUAACGGGAUUGAGAUGGUGGAGGAAACGGCAGAAGGCGAUAAUAUGAUGAACCAAGAGCUUCGCCGUCGGUAUAUGCGCCGUUAG